ACUCAAUUAAAAUAUCAUCGUCGUUCACGUGCUAAUGAUCGUGAACGUACUCGUAUGCGUUUACUCAAUGAAUCUCUUGAACAUUUACGUACAUUAUUACCAAUUGAUUCUGUUUCAUGUUACUCUUCAACUGAUUCAUCAAAUCAUGGUACAAUGUUAGAAGAUAAAUUAACUAAAAUUGAAACACUUCGAACGGCUUCAGCAUAUAUUCGUGUAUUAACUGAUUUACUCGAAGAUAGUAAUAAUUCAUCUACAUCAAGUUCAUAUUCUUAUAAUAUCUCUGAUCAACCACAACAACAACAACCACCACAAGUAUAUCAACAUUCUUCUUAUUUUGGUUAUACACCAAAUUAUUCUUAUUAUCAUCCUUAUUGUUAA